AUGGCAACGCCGCCGCUCCUCCCCCUCAUCCUCCUCCUCGCCGCCGACGCCAUGCUCGGCGGCGGGGUGGCCACGGCCGCGACGAUCCACCCGGGCGACCUGGCCGUGCUGGAGGACCUGCGGCGCUCGCUCACAAACCCGGAGGUCCUCGGCUGGCCCAAGGGCGCCGACCCGUGCGGCGGCGGGUGGGACCACGUCUCCUGCGACCGCGACGGCCGGGUCAACAACCUCGACCUCAAGGGCGUCGGCCUCGCCGGCGCCCUGCCGCCCUCCUUCGCCUCGCUCGACGCGCUCCAGGACCUCAGCCUCCAGACCAACAGCCUCUCCGGCCCGCUCCCCUCCUUCCGCGGCAUGGCCGCCCUCCGCCACGCCUACCUCAACGACAACGCCUUCGAAUCCAUCCCCGCCGACUUCUUCGACGGCCUCGACAGCCUCGAGGAGAUCUGCCUCGACAACAACCCGCUCAACGCGUCCGCCGGCGGGUGGGAGAUCCCGGCCGCGCUCGCCGCCUCCUCGCCGCAGCUGCAGAGCCUGCGCCUCACAAACUGCAGCCUCGUCGGCGGGAUCCCGGGGUUCCUCGGGGCCAUGAGCGGGCUGCAGAUGCUCACACUCUCCUACAACAGGCUCGCCGGCCCGAUCCCGGCCAGCUUCUCAGGGUCCGGCCUCCAGAAGCUCUGGCUCAACAACCAGCUCGGCGAGGCCAAGCUCUCCGGCACGCUCGGCGCGCUCGCCGGGAUGGCCGACCUCCAGCAGGCAUGGCUGCACGGCAACCAGUUCACCGGCCCCAUCCCCGACGGCAUCUCCAACUGCAAGCAGCUCGCCGCCCUCUGGCUCAACAACAACGACCUCGUCGGCCUCGUGCCGCCCGGCCUCGCCGCCCUGCCGCUGCUCCGCGACGUCAAGCUCGACAACAACAACCUCGUCGGCCCCGCCCCGGCGCUCAAGGCCGGCAAUCUCACCUCCUCCCAUAACGGCUUCUGCGCCGUCAAGCCCGGGGACAAGUGCGCGCCGGAGGUCAUGGCAUUGCUCCAGUUCCAAGCCGAGGCUGGUUAUCCCGUCAAGCUCACCAGUUCAUGGUCCGGGAACGACCCCUGCAAGGGCUGGCUCGGCGUCACCUGCUCUCAGGGCAAGGUGUCGGUGCUCAAUCUGCCGUCCUCUGGCCUCAAUGGCACCAUCAGCAAGAGCCUCGGAGACCUCUCUGCGCUCUCGGACAUCAGGCUUGAUAGCAAUAACCUCACCGGGCAUGUGCCGGACAGCCUCACCGGCCUCAAGCUGCUAAAGAAGCUCGAUUUGGGCAUGAACGACCUGAAUGGGCCGCUGCCUGCCUUCAGACCGGACGUGAAUGUCAUUCUCACCGGCAAUCCAAACUUCAACACGCAGUCGUCGCCGGGUGGUUCUGCUCCCAAGGACGCCCCUCAUUCACCAACAACGCAUAGCGCGCCGGGCUCACAACGCCAAGGGGCUGCCUCUCCUGGCCAAGGGAACAAGAAGAGCAAAAUUUUGUUGGCUACCACCAUUCCGGUUGCGAUCGGCGUGGUGUCCCUGCUGUCACUGGGUGCUGUGGUGCUCUUCUGCAAGAAAAAUGGGUCGUCGGUUCAGCCACAGACAACCUCCUCCGUGGUCGUCCACCCCCGCAACAGUUCUGGCCCAGACAACUUGGUCAAGAUUGUCAUGACUAGCAAUGACAGCUUCGGCGCUACGUCAAGCGGAACCAGCAGCCGGGAUAGUGACAUCCACAUGAUCGAGGCGCGCAAUUUUGUGAUCUCCGUGCAGGUUCUUCGUUGUGCCACCAAGAACUUUGCUCAGGACAAUGUGCUUGGCCGUGGCGGAUUCGGCGUCGUUUACAAAGGGGUGCUGCACGACGGCACCAUGAUUGCUGUGAAGAGGAUGGAGUCCUCGGUGAUCAGCAACAAGGCCCUCGAUGAGUUCCAGGCAGAGAUUGCCAUUCUAACCAAGGUCCGGCACCGCAACCUGGUGUCGAUAAUGGGCUAUGGGAUCGAAGGCAAUGAAAGGCUGCUGGUCUACGAGCACAUGUCCAAUGGAGCGCUGAGCAAGCAUCUGUUCCACUGGAAGCAGCAUGAGCUGGAGCCCCUCUCGUGGAAGAAGAGGCUGAACAUUGCGCUGGAUGUUGCUCGUGGAAUGGAGUAUCUUCACACCCUCGCACAGCAGUGCUACAUUCACAGGGAUCUUAAGUCGGCAAACAUUCUACUUGGCGAUGAUUUCCGAGCAAAGGUGUCGGAUUUCGGGCUCCUUAAAUCUGCACCGGACGGGAACUUCUCUGUGGCAACCAGACUUGCUGGAACUUUUGGAUACUUGGCGCCUGAAUAUGCUGUGACCGGGAAAAUCACAACAAAAGCGGAUGUUUUCAGCUUCGGGGUGGUGCUGAUGGAGCUGAUAACCGGAAUGACCGCCAUCGACGAGAGACGCAUCGACGAGGAAACCCGGUAUCUGGCGUCCUGGUUCGGUCAGAUAAGGAAGGACGAAGAGAAGUUCAGGGCAGCCAUCGACCCGACCCUGGAGCUCACCGACGAGAUUUUCGAGAGCAUCUCGGUUGUUGCGGAGCUGGCUGGCCACUGCACCUCCCGGGAGCCCUCGCAGCGGCCGGACAUGGGGCACGCGGUGACGGUGCUGGUGCCCAUGGUGGAGAAGUGGAAGCCGUCGAGCAACGAGGCGGAGGACUACAUGGGCAUCGACCUGCACCUGCCGCUGCUCCAGAUGGUGAAGGGGUGGCAGGAGUCGGAGGCGAGCAUGACCGACGGCAGCAUCAUGAGCCUGAGCCUGGAAGACAGCAAGGGCAGCAUCCCCGCCCGGCCCGCCGGGUUCGCCGAGUCCUUCACCUCCGCCGACGGCCGGUGA